AUGAUGCCGAUUCUUCGUUACAUCUUUUCGGCAUUGAUCGCGCUGUACGCAGCUUCAGUUUCAGAUGCCUUUGUAGCUCUCCAAUUUAAGACUGCUCCGGCUGGUGACUGCCGAUCGGCUUUCGGUUUGCGAGCGACCCCGGCCGACGGCAUUUCUCGAUUGGAAACUUCGCAGGCUUCGACGGUGCAAAAUCUUGUGGCGGCCAUUCCGGAUCUCGCCGUCAAAGCCGACUUUUCGUGGGAACCAGGAAGUGGCGUAGCAAUUGCUGGAUUCCCGGCGAGCCUGGAUGCCCGUGAUGCUCCCGGACCUGCCAACAUUGCAUGGCUGUCGUCCCUCAACGUGGCGUCUAAAUUGUCCUCCUUGACCAUUUUCAACGGUCCACUGACGAGCGUUCCACACCUUUUGUCACGGUGUGCCGUAGUUAAUGAGAACUCGCUACUGUUUACGCUAGAUUUUCGACCACGCGCGUAUGGUGCUUACGAAAUGGUACGCCCGGACGGCACCUAUCCCGAUCCUGACGAACUCGGUCGUAAGUCGUUCGAAUAUUCCGGCGCGCGAACGGAAUACGAAUCCAAAUUUGGCAACGACCAAGUGAAAGCAUUCUUAUCUUCCACCAUGGCAUCUUUUGAAGAUGCCUCCGUGGUACCCGGUCCGACCUCGGAGUUUGACGGUUUGACGCGCGGUCCCUUAAUUUUGUCCGUGACCAUGCCGUUGACGGACGGCAAUGUCGCGGCGGUCGAAAGUGCACGCCUCCAAGCGGCCAACAUUUGGCUUUCUUGGGCGCAGAGCGGCGAGCACGAUCACCGACCGGGAGCGCCAGUCAACACCCAGUACGUUUACGAUAGCAAGUACAAACAAAACGCCUACAGUGCCCUACUGCCCGUGUACAUCGAAAUGUUCGGAUCGGACGAAGGUGCUCGAUUGGCAGCGGCCGACUCGGGUCCUCUCGACGAAGGUUACGUUGGUGGAGGUAGCUAA